AAAAGACUCCAAGAAAUGGGGUGUAAGCUGUCAAGGGCCGGGGAGGGCCCGGGAUGUGACAAGGCCGCAGCCGCGGCCGCUGGAACCUCCAGCGAUUGCGGAGACGCAGCUACACGGCGGUCGGCGUUGCUGACGCCGUCGACUUCACCUCCCCCAGCGCCGACGCCUUCGUCGCCUUCGCCUCCCCCAGCGCCGACGCCUUCGUCGACUUCGCCUCCCGCAGCGCCGACGCCUUCGUCGCCGACGGCUUCCUCGCCCUCGCCGUCGACAUCUUCGCCUUCGCCUUCGCGUCCGCAGUCCCCGAGUCCGACGCCUUCGUCGCUAUUAUCUGCUGAUGAGUCCUCAACAUCGACGCCUUCGUCGACAUCAUCUACUGACGAGGAAGACCUAUGGGAAGAGGAGUUCCUACAGUCUAUUGAAAUCACGCACCCUCAGGAAGACGAACGGGGGGAGGAGCAGGAAGUUGAUCCAUUUCUGGAGUCUCUUGGCACCACUCAUCUGACUAGCACACGCUCUCAAAUGAUCACCGAGAAUGAUGACAGUGGAGGGGUUUCCAACAGUAGAUUCAAGCUUGGUCAUAAGGAACUUGUUCUGACUUUGGACAAUUAUGAUAAUGACAUCAUCACUGAAAAGAUCAUGCUACUCAGUAAAAAGUAUGGUUUCUUUAGACGAGUCCCUGGAGAUGGCAGCUGUUUUUACAGAGCUUUCAUUUUCAAUUACUUGGAGAAUACUGUAGAAAUAAAGGAUGAUGACAAUCGCAAGACAGAAGCUGCCCGCCUCAGACAGCGUGUUGAAACAUACAUGCUAGCUUGUUAUCGUUACGACGAAGACUUACUGCCUGCUUUUUGUGGAUUUGAAUCUGUGGUUAGCUUAAUUGAACAGGGCCUUGCUGCCGGAGAACUAUAUCACAUGGAGAUGACCGAACAUGUCACAUCACAAAUAUUGCCCCUCCUCAGGUCGCUGACUGAGAUUGAGAUACGCAUGAGCGAAGACUACUACCAUGCUUUUCUUCCAGGAGACUAUGAAUCAGUUUCUGAGCUUUGCAUAUGGGAAGUGCGUGCUGAGGACGGCGAAGCCAACCAUAUGCAGAUCAGAGCGCUUGUAGAUGCACUAGGCAUCCCUCUCAUCCUGGAAAAUCUUGAUGGAAGCUCGCCUGUAAGGCUUAAUCCGCAUCACAUCUACCCUAGUCAAGAAUCUAAAGCAGAAGAAUUGGAGCAGUCAAUUGAUAGUGAUGAUACCACAACACCCAUGGCCCAUGUUGAGCGUGAGGGGUCUAGAAACUUGUCGCCGGCAGAAAGAAGGAGGUUAGUGACCUUAUUAUAUAGGCCUGGGCACUAUGAUAUCAUUUAUCCGAAAUAGAACUAUCCAUGGAAGAUGACUCUGGUCUGUAACACUUCUGAUUGAAUGAUAUUGCGCUAUAUCUCUAGGCUAGACAUUUAUAUUUGAUUUUGGAUCUUGACACUUGUCCUGCUGCUGCCUGAGUUUAUAGACCUACUGCAUUUGUCUCCUUCA